AGAUCAGACAAAUAUCAAAUAAAUAUGGUAUUGAACAAGCUCAUAAACGUAGUUUGGGUUUUAAGGCCGAUUUCUUUUCUGUUUUAGCUGAUGCACUUACAACUGAAUGUGUUUUUCUGGAUGGUGCUGCUCAUCAGCCCACGGAAACAAUUGAAGCUUGGGCAACAUUAGUUGAAUUAAUGUUUACAAACGUACGUGAUGGCUAUUAUUUGGAGACUCGACAACUACGCCGCAAUUGGCACAAUUUCCGCAGUCAAUCAAAUCUAAGCAGUCAAUCGGAUCAAAGUCUCGACUGCGAUUCACCCCAUUCCCUACCAUCACUUAAUCAUAUGUUUACCACAGUCUAAAGUUUUCAAAUUUAUCCAUCAUAUAUUUCUUUCUUUUCUACGGAACAAAAAUACUAC